CCUAGCCUUUAGGCAGUGUUGUUAACAGUGGAAACCAAGGACCCUGCCUGCUUAGGCCUCAGGGCAAAUAGGGGCUCCCUGUGGAAGGGAAAUCAGGGCUCAGUGCUUUGCAGAGGGGCAGCAGCUGGCAGCAACUCCAGGCAGCCUGGCCUCAGGCCGAAGCCCAGUGAGUAUCUGGAGCCUAGAACCCAAUGAUGCUGCCAGGGAGGAAUGAACCCUUAGGGUUGCAGGCCUGUGGACCUGUAAUCACCACCCUUCAUAGGUUUUUCUUACUGGAUCUAGUUUCUGGGGGUGCUUGGGAGAUUGGUAGGAAAUCUGCCCACACAGGGAAGGAGGGUUAUGAUAAUGGCUUCCUGCUAUAUCUGUCCCAGGAGGGUGUGUGUGCCAAGGCUCUGGGGUCCAAAUGGACCUUCAAGAAUGAAGGAAAUUGUGGUUAUACAAUAUAGGGAAGGCACAGUUCACUCAAGUUCCCAAGUCAGUGGGUCCAUGACUUGAUCACCCUAUGGAGGCUUAUUAGAUGGGUCCUACUGUGGACUCCUGGUAUGAUCUUUGGGAGAGCUUCAGCAUUUCCUUCCAUACUCCCUGCCCUCUUCAUCUCCCUGGAACCAGCCUCCCCUUCCACCAAAUAGUAAGGGAAUCCCUAUUGGCUGUCAGAAGAAAUGAUCUGUAAAGAAAUCUUCCAUGACUGAAGUCCCUGGAAUUCAGCAUGAUCCUCAAAACUGAGGAUUCUGGGAACUGCUGUGUAACUCUACUUAAGGCAAGGGAAAGAGACCUGGCAUAUCCUCCUGCUCAUAAUUAGAAUAGUUCUGCUCCAAUCAAUCAAGAUGAACCUCAUGGACAUCACCAAGAUUUUCUCCCUCCUGCAGCCUGACAAGGAGGAGGAGGACACCGACAUGGGGGAGAAGCAGGCUCUCAAUCAAGCAGUGUAUGACAACGACUCCUAUACCUUGGGCCAGCUUUUGUGCCAGGAGCGUUAUAAACGUUUCAUCAACAGUAGAAGUGGCUGGGGUGUUCCUGGGACACCCUUGCGCUUGGCUGCUUCUUAUGGCCACCUCAGGUGUUUGCAGGUCCUCCUGGCACAUGGUGCUGAUGUUGACAGUUUGGAUGUCAAGGCACAGACGCCACUUUUCACUGCUGUCAGUCAUGGCCAUCUGGACUGUGUGCGUGUGCUUUUGGAAGCUGGUGCCUGUCCUGGUGGUAGCAUCUACAACAACUGUUCUCCCGUACUCACAGCUGCCCGUGAUGGUGCUGCUGCCAUCCUUCAGGAACUCCUGGGCCAUGGUGCAGAGGCCAAUGUCAAAGCUAAACUACCAGUCUGGGCAUCAAACAUAGCUUCAUGUUCUGGCCCCCUCUAUUUGGCUGCAGUCUAUGGGCACCUUGACUGUUUUCGCCUGCUUUUGCUCCAUGGGGCAGACCCCAACUACAACUGUACUGACCAGCUCCUAUUGGCUCGUGUCCCACGGCCCCGCACCCUCCUCGAAAUCUGUCUCCACCAUAAUUGUGAACCAGAGUACAUCCAGCUGUUAAUUGAUUUUGGUGCUAACAUCUACCUUCCAUCUCUCUCCCUGGACCUGAACUUGCAAGAUGAUAAAGGCACCGCAUUGUUGCUACAGGCCCGAGCCACUCCACGGUCACUACUAUCACAGGCCCGUUUAGUCAUCCGCAGAGCUCUGCGCCAGGCCAGCCAACCACAAGCCAUCAACCAGCUGGAUAUUCCCCCUGUGUUGAUUAGCUACCUCAAACACCAACUGUAACCUUGCAGCCUUACCAGAAACCCACAAUGCCUACAAAAACCACCUGGGGAUCCAGGUAGCUGGAGGACACUACAGCUCCAUCUAUUCACCUGGAGCUGCUGUCCUGUAUUAUCUUCCACAAUAAGAUACUCAUCAAAAUAAAUCCUGGUGGCUGCUCUCCUGUAUUAUCCUCCACAAUAAAAUCCUCAUCAAAAUAAA